AUGGCUGCCAUUCCUGUAGCGACGCUGACCGUGCCACCUGUACCUUCCACCUCUGGUGCUCCCCCUUCCACAUUCACUGUUAAUUCAAUAUCUGGCAACAGCGACUUUGUCGUUCUUGUUGCUGCAACCCCGUCGGUGAGCACAAAUGUGCCCCCAGGGAGCUGGCAAACUAUCUCUGGGAAGGUAGCUGAGGCAUCAGAAAUAACGCCAGCGGCCACAGUGUACUGGGAUCGAGAAAAAGGCCAGAUAAGCUGGGGGAUUACAAGAAUCGUCUCCGGUUCCACGUUGACGGAUAACAACGUCGUAACGUUUACACCUCUUACACCUUCACCAGUAUCAUCAUCCCCCAGCACAUCGGUCCUUCAGUCUUCCAGUUCCAACAUAUCAUCCAAGCCCGAAAGCUUUAUAUUGCAAACUACAUCUAGCGCAUCAUCGGGUAUUAGUCUUCCAUCAAGAUAUCCAUCGCCCCAAAAAGACAGUCUCUCUACGGGAGCUAUUGCGGGAAUCGCAGUCGGAUGCCUCGUCGCCGGUGCUUUAGUAGCAGGAAUCGUGUUGCUGUUUUGUUGGCGUAGGAGAAGAGUGCCGGAGGCUCGAUACUCUAAAACGAACACAUAUGCCGUAGGAUCUCAGGAGAAGGGCUUCGCGGCACAAACGAUACCACUUGCUGGCCGGGAACAUGCAGAUGCCCCUACCAAUGCACUACCACAACCUUUGGAGGACAAGGCCAUAUCUGGAGAAAUUUCCAAGAUCAGUAACGCAAUCAAGAACCAUGUUCAAAGCUACUAUCACAUCAACCGUAUCAGCCCAAACUUGAUCGAUCACAACGACCUCCAUACACUGGGAUCAGACCUGCCGAUAUCCGUAGGAACACUCGCCACGCUGAUAAGCAAUGCCACGACUAGAGAGGUUGCAUUACGAUUCAUCAUUGCCUGGGUCAUUGUAUCGAAACUGCAAUCCGCCAAAGAUCCGGCCAAGAGCCUCUUGCCAACCGAGAUCGCCCCAUGUCUCCAGAUGAUCGACUCGGGAAACCGUGAUCAACGAGGUCUGUCUAUGCUUGGUCUUUUAACUCCGCAGUUUCUGACAUUGUUUUUUCUAGCUCCGUAUUUGAAACUGGCACGCUGGCGAAUAUUUACUGCCGAGUUGUUGCAGUCCAGCUAUGUGCGAAAUCCGUUCACCGUAUCGGACAGCCGUCACGAAGUGAUUCAGGCUACGCUUGUGGUGCUCGACAACAUCUUGCAGUCAUAUGCCGACCCUCGUAUAAACAACGGAGAGCGCAAGCGCAACCUCGAGGAGCUUCUGAAGCGCUCAGCCUUGUUCGCUUUCACGCUGUUUUCUCAGCCCGGCGCAUGGGAGUUCGAGUGGCAGGGGCAUAGCGUCACAUCAGGGGAACUCUGUAUCUUCCCCACUCUUGUGCAAGUAGUGGACGAGAACGGUCAGCCAGUGAGCCCUCCCAGGCCCUUCAGCGAGGCUGUCAUUCGACGUUUGGACGCUUGA